CAUUUUUGUUUUUUUUCAGGAAAUUAAGUAAUAUAGUUCAUAUUGGUUGACUGUCGUAAUAUGUUUCUGUGAUUUACUUUAUUUACUUAUUAGAAGACCUGUCCCAGUUAGCCAUAUAUUAUACCCAUCAAGUAGUUAUAAUAUUGCUUCGAGUGAUGGUUCAUAAUAUACUUUUGGAUCAGAGAGACUAGGCUUUUAAAUUCAAUCCUAAGUUCCAACUAAUGAAGCCCUACAAGUCUGAGUAGACUGUAAGUGCCCAUCAAUAUGCCCUACAAAUGAAUGAUACUCCAAUCCUAGAAAGGGCCCUGAGGAAACCUCCUCACGGCCAGCGAUGUUAGAACAUUGAUGGAGUAUACAUUUGUGCUCAUCUACCUCUUUGAAUGAAAUAUAAGUAAGAAUACAUGUGAUUUUCGGUAUUAUUUACAAACUGGCAUUAGGGCAUUGCAAACUGCAUCUGUUUGGACUUUCCAUUUCUUGUUACAUUGGAUAUGAAUUAAUUGAUUCCUAAUGAUCAGAAACUACUAUGCUAUUAUAUAUUUAGCUGGCUGUAUUGGGUUGAGCAGUGCUGAAGUAUUUUCUGGAAGUGGUUGUCCUGACGAUGCAUUAUCAGUGAUAGAACUGUUCGCUUAAUUUUUUUUUUGAAUUGGUAGCCGUUCAGUGAAUUGGUAGCCGUUCAGUUGUAUCAGCUUCUUUAGUGCUCUUCUGAACAGACUAUAGUUAUUGGGGUUGUCAACUACAAGUCUUUCUGGCAGCCUUUGUUGCAUUCCAUUAUACCAGCACACCCAAGAGAUGUUGAGGGUGUCAGUGGAUUGUUUCAGAGUUUUGUAAUUGGCCUAUUUAUGGACAUGCUAGGGUCUGCUAACAUAGAGAAUACAUUGUAAGCUUGCUGCAGACUUUUGGCCGGAUUUCUUGUACUAUUUGAGCUAAUAGUGAAGGUCGGGAACAAAGUUCCCGUAAAUUGAGUAUGUUAUGUCCCUUGUGCCCUAAACUUAACUUGUGCAUGCAUUGAUUGAACUAAGAUUUGGUGUGACCAGGUGCCAUUACAGCGGUGAAAAAUUGGCAAACAUUUUGACCCUUGUGACAACUGGUGAUAAUAGAAUCUAUUUCGCCGGUUCAUUUAUGCAGACUAACCAGUCAUUUUGUCAUGAAUUAUAGAUACUGUAAUACCAGGUCCACUCCAGAAACACACAAAUUCACAGUUUGUGCCUUCUUGCUGUCUCAUAACAGGUUUUUAUUUCAAUACGAUGCUUUUUAUGUGUACCAAAAUCUCACAGGAGCAAAAUGGAUCUUCUUCGAUUAUGCAUUGUGCAUAAAAAAAAUCUCAAAGGGACCAAAUGAAAACAAUUCUGAAUGCAAGUUUUGUGCUUUUAUUUGCUUUUGUACACAAUCUCUUCGUCAUCCGAUCCACAUCAAAUGCUGGACUAUAGAGGCACUUGAAGAGUCCAUAAUGCCCUGCCACAGGAGAAAAGUAACAGAAACUUUUUAUCAUCCAUUUUUACAAAGAAACAUAGCAAUGAAACAUUUUCUCUGAAAUUCCUUAUAAACAAAUAAAGAAAUCAAACUCUCUUGUUAUACCAAACAUAGUCCGCACUUUCUUGGAAAGUGAGGAAAGGAAAAGGAAAGGUGGUUCUCUCCGCCAUAUAGUAAGUGCCGGGCUAUCAUUUCACUAACAAUGCUCCUCUUUCUGUUCAUUUGAUUUUGAUCCAGAAGUAUUUUAUUUUCGAAAAUGGCAGCAGAUUCUUGCGGUGGGUUGAACAAUAGUGCACUUUCACGGACUUACGAUGUCUUCUUGUGUUUCAGGGGCUCCGAUACUCGCCUCUCCUUUAUCGACUUCCUAUACAAGGCCUUGGUGGAGCACGGGUUGUCCACGUUCAUAGACGAAAACCAACUCAGAAAAGGUGAAUACAUUGGGUCUGAAUUGCUGAAAGCAAUCGAGGAAUCAAGGGUCUCCAUCAUUGUAUUCUCGAAAAACUACGCGUCCUCCAGAUGGUGCCUCCAAGAGCUUGUGAAGAUCAUGGAGUGCAGGAAGACUUUGGGACAUAAUGUUCUUCCUGUUUUUUAUGACGUAGAUCCGUCCAACGUGCGUUCACAGAGUGGGGUAUACGCUGAAGCAUUUGCCAGGCACAAAGAGCGUUUCGGAGACUACCGGGUUCUGAGUUGGAGAGCUGCUUUGAUUGAGGCUGCAAAUUUGUCCGGUUGGCACUUUCAAAACGGGCCUAGGUCGGAGGUAAUUCAAAGUAUCAUUGAAGUGGUCAAAAAUAAAUUAGAUCCUAACUCUUUAAGUGAUGUGGACUAUCCAUUUCGAAUAGACCCCCAUGCUGAAAAUUCCAGGGAUCACAUCUGGAAUUACUGCCUGGGAAGGCUUCUCUUCGAUAAAGAAGCAAAUGCUCUUAACUGGUAUCAAAGACAUGCUAUUGCUAUAGGGACUGCAAAAUGGUUGCGUUUUCUACACGAAAAGAGCCGUCGUCCUAUAAUUCAUGGGGACAUUCGGCCAAGCAAUAUACUAAUCACACAUGACUUUGAACCUGUGUUAGGUGAAUUUGGCCUUGCAAACUGGAGGACUAGUGACUGUGGCCUUGCAAAGUGGAAGACUAAUGAUGAUCCUGUGCAGACAUUAGGAUACCUUGCACCUGAGUAUACAGAAAAUGGAAUUGUUUCUGUAAAGACGGAUGUUUAUGCAUUUGGUAUUGUUCUGCUACAAUUGAUAUCGGGACGCAAGGUGAUUGAAUCAGAGAGAGAGGAUCAGCAACAGUCCCUGCGAAAGUGGGCAGAACCAAUUAUUCAGAGACUUGCAUUACAUGAACUCAUUGAUCCUCGUAUUGGAUUCUCAUAUGAUCCACAUCAAUUGUACAACAUGGCUAAAACAGCAUACAUAUGUGCGCAAAGUAACCCUAUGAUGCGUCCAUCAAUGGGAGAGGUUGUGCACCUUCUUGAACGGGGAAAAUGAGAACUUCCACCCUUCAUCAGAGCAACUCAUCCCACAUUUUUCUAAAUAAUAGAAAGGAUAGCUUGCUAUAUUUCCUUUCACCACUUAUUACAUCUUUUUGUACCUUUGUUCACACAGUUUCAGCAAAGUCAAUAAAACCUUAAAUCUGAAUUACAUUUGUAGGUAAUAAUAGUGGUGGUGGUGGUGGUAGUAGUUUUGAAUGACAGCGAAGACUGCUUCACUACUACACUGCUAUACGUUCAUAUUUCAUGAGCUUCAAAUGUAAUCAAAUUCAUGAUGGUUUCUUUGUAGCUGUAUUUUGUUUGUAGGUUCCCUGCUCAAGACAAAAUAUAGUCCAUUAUUCCCAAGAAAGAGAAGUUAUAUAGUUCAUUUUGUAUUUUUGGGGGAAAUUAAGUAACAUAGUUCAUAUUGUAUGAUACUCAUAAUAUGUUUUAUGUGAUUUACUUUAUUUAUGUUUCUACGAUUUGGUUUAUUUACUUAUUAGAAGACCUGUCCCAGUUAGCCAUACAUUAUUAUACAUAUCAAGUAUUUUCUGGAAAUCGUCGUCCUGACGAUGCAUUAUCAGUGAUAGAGCUGUUCGCUUAUUUUUUUUUGGAUUGGUAGCUGUUGAGUUGUAUCAGCUUCUUUAUUGCUCUUCUGAACAGACUUGGUAAUUGGGGAUGUCAACUAUAAGUCUUUCUGGCAGCCUUUGUUGCAUGCCAUUAU